AUGGAGCUACAAGAAAAGAAGAAGCAAAAAGGCAAGAGAGGAAGAAGAAUAACACUAGCAAAAUCCUUUUCUCUCGAUCUGAUCUCAGAGAUACUCUUAAGGCUGCCAGAGAAAUCUGUUGGGAGGUUUCGCUGCGUUUCCAAGCUUUGGUUAUCAAUCACAACUGAUCCAUAUUUCAUCAAUUUGUUCAGAGUUAGGUCCCCACACCCGAGUCUUCUAGUCUGCUUCAGAAAAGAUGACAAUUUGUUUGUUUCCUCGAUUCCGCAACAUACUCACAGUCUUCAUCCAAAAUCAUCAGAAAAUUCUUAUCCAUCUUCUCAGCCGACUGAUCGUUAUCAUAUGAAACUCCAAGAAGAAUUUAGUUACUUGUUGCCCCCUACGGAAACUGUCCACGGCUUGAUCUGCUUUCAAGGAUCAGUAACGCCAAUAGUUUGGAACCCUAACAAGAGACAGUUCUUAACCUUGCCAAAACCAAGAAAGAGCUGGGAGCGUAUAUCCGUUUUUUGGGAUAUGAUCCAAUCGAAGGCAAACACAAAGUAA